GUCUAAGGGGAGAUAAUUACUAAACCAAGAAAACAUGGCAUCUUCUGGACCUGGUAUAAAAUGUCCAAUGUUGCUUCUAGCGGGAAAUUCUCACCCAGAGCUUGUGCAAUUAAUAGCAAAACGUUUAGGUAUCAAGUUAUCUGAGAUCACAGUUUUUCACAAGACAAACAGAGAGACCAAUGUAGAGAUUGAAGAGUCUGUGAGAGGAAAAGAUGUUUAUAUUGUACAGACUGGUACAAAAGAUGUUAACAAUGAUUUGAUGGAAUUGAUGAUCAUGGCUUAUGCCUGUAAAACAAGUUGUUCAAGGAAUAUAAUUGGAGUUGUACCAUACAUGCCAUACUCUAAACAGUGUAAAAUGAGGAAACGAGGGUCUAUAGUGUGUAAAUUAAUGGCUACUUUGCUAGGAAAAUCAGGUCUGACACAUAUUAUUACAAUGGAUUUACAUCAGAAAGAAAUACAGGCUUUCUUUGACAUUUCUAUAGAGAAUCUGAGAGCCUCGCCAUUUCUGAUAGAUUAUAUAGAGCAAUCAAUUCCAGAUUACAGAAAUGCCAUUAUAGUGGCUAGAAAUCCCAACUCUGUUAAACGAGCUACAUCGUAUGCAGAGAGGUUACGUCUUGGUAUAGCUGUUAUACACGGAGAAGAUAAGAUCAUGGAACUAGAUGAUGGAGAAGAUGGCAGAAACUCUCCCCCUUUACCAGAGGCUGCUGCUGGGUCAAAUGUAGGAAUGGGAUUUGGACUAGAAAGUCUGCCAGUUUUACAGUGUAAAGAGAAGCCUCCAUUAAGUGUAGUGGGUGAUGUCAGUGGUAGGAUAGCUAUUAUUGUUGACGAUAUGAUUGAUGACGUAGUGUCCUUUGUUAAAAUAGCUGAAGUAUUAAAAGAGCGAGGUGCCUAUAAGGUAUUUGUAAUGGCAACACAUGGUCUCCUGUCAUCUGAUGCUCCCAGACUUAUAGAAGAAUCAUGUAUUGAUGAGGUUGUAGUAACAAAUACAGUCCCACAUGAAAUUCAGAAGAUGCAGUGUCACAAGAUAAAGACUGUUGACAUUAGUGUCAUGUUAUCAGAGGCUAUACGUAGAAUACACAAUAAUGAAUCCAUGUCAUACCUCUUCAGGAAUAUUGCUCUAGAAGAUUGAUCAUAGAACUUACCUGUUAGGUGUCAUUACAAUGAUCAUAGUACUUACCUGUAAGGUGUCAUUACAACUAGAUAUACCUGUUAUUGCAAUAUUUCUUAUUUUUUUAUACAAAUGUUCCAAGGGUCAGCACUUUAAAAGGUGUAUGAAAUGCAUAAUCAGGUUCUCAGUCCUGCCUGAGUUCGAAUAAAACUUUGAUUUGGAAAUCAUAUCGUGUAUGAAUUUAAUAUAAAUAUUCUAUCGUAAAUUCAGAAAUUUUUGCAAGUUUUUAGGGUUGAAAAUUUCAACUGGAUUGUUUGGCAAAAUUAAAACUGCAAGUUUAAAUUUUAAAGCAUUGUUUGUUUAUCUGGAAAUUUUAAUAGAACGUCUCAUAGUUCAGUUCGAUAAUCAUCAAUCACAAUGAAGAUUUUUGUUUAAAAUUCUGAAUAAAAAGUAAAUUGUUGUUGUUAAUUUUUUAUUAUGGGAGACAACUCUUAACUAACUGAAAAUAUGAAUAAAAUUCUGAAUAGCAAUUUAUUGAUGGUUAACAUUCUUAAGUGAUUUUUUUUUUCAAUUGGUCAAAUCUGGUGAAGACUUUAAAAUACUAGUGCUUGUUGUAAAUUUUGUUGAUGAAGAGAACAGCUAUUUAAAGUUGAAGCAUUAAGUACCAGAACUGUUCAAGAUAAAAAAAAAAUGAUUUAUAUAAUAUGUAUAAAUUAUUUUGAUAGUUCUUAAAACUGAAAAAGUAGAUACUUUUAAUGGUCAUUAGCUGUCAAAUUCAUGAUUACCAAUUUAACGCACAUUCUCAUAUUUGAUUCAAGUUUGUUUUGUAGUUUUUACCCAUGGUUUUUUUUUUCAUUCAAAGUAUUUUGUUACAAUAACUAAAACAUUGUAUUUUAUGCCUCUACUUGUACUGUUAUUGUACAUACCUCACUAGGUGACUCCAUAUUAAGCAUUUUAAGGAUGUUGAGGGGUUUUUGUUAGGUUUUUUAGAAUUAUGUAUUUUGUUCUAUAUAAAUUACCUGUUCCCAGGUUGAAAUUUUUUGUCUUUUCCAAUAAAUAGAUUGUUUGUAAAUAUUGGAUUUGAAUUUUUCAUCGUUUUUCAAACAAAAAUUGUUCAUCAUAGUUGUUUAUGUCAUUUGUAAACAAUAUUUUCCUUGUAUGUUGUUGUUGACAAAAAUUGUGUGGAUUACAUUACUAAUAUGUGAUUGACAUAGCUAAGUAUCCCUAUAUUUUGUUUAUAAUGAUCUCUUCAUUCCUUGCGGACCAAUCAAGUCCAUACCUAGAGUUUUGUUGGAUUCACGUCUAAAGUGUAGUGUUAGCAGACCAACCAAAUCAUUCCUCAUUCAAGUCUCUGGAUAUUUAGUAAGUGUUGUGUUUUGUGUUAUUCAGUGAAAGGGUGUUUAAGUCCU